AUGACAACUUUUCCCUAUGUUCAUAUUUACUGUCCAUGUGCAGAUUCACCAAUUGAUUUUAAGAAAGAUGAACCAAUUUCAAAUUUUUUGGACAUUCCGGGAGAUAUAAUUGACACGUUGGAUCAAAGAAUGUCAUUUUCACUUCAUCCUUUGCCAAAUCUUUAUUUUUGUGAAGAAUGUUAUGCAAUAAGAUGUCCUCGUUGUGUUCAAGAGGAAACUAUCAGUCAAUUUUGCCCAAACUGUCUUUUAGAAGUACCUAAAUCAAGUAUUUAUAGUGAUGGAAAUAGGAAAGAGCUUGAAAGUUUAGAGAAAGAACAUUCAUAUUCAAAUAAGAAUCCUAAUUCCUAUGCGUUAGAAUGUCCAUAUUGUCAAUGGACCUCAGCGGAAAUUAAUAUAAUUUUUGAAAAACCUUCAGGGCUUAAUGGUAAACAAGUUCUUUAUUUUUGUUUUAUUUUUAUAUCAAUCACAUAUACAGCUCAAAUGAAGGGAUCUUUAGCAGAAAUUUCAAGAAAAAAACUCUUUUACAGUAAAUUAAGAGCGCAUUAUGAAGAAACAUAUGGAAAUUUAAAAUUACAUACAAACAAUCAUUCUGGAAUCUCAAAAAUGAUGGAUAUAUAUGAAAGAAUUAAGAAAAAAUAUGCGUUAAAAAAUAAAAAAGAAGUGGACAUUUUUAAUUUUGAUGAAAAUUCACGAGAUUUAGAAGAUGAUCAAGAAAUUAUUAAAAAAAUGGCAGAAAUGAAAAAUUUAAAUGAAAUUGCUACAAUUAAACAAAGACUAAACCAAUUAUAUCAUGUUAUAUUUAAAAAUGAUCUUAAACCUAUCCCAUAUUUAUUAAGAGCAAAAAGAUCAAAGCGUUGUCGCUCAUGUAAAAGUGUUCUAAUUAGUCCAGAAAGUAAGCCUAUGUCAGCAAAAUUCCGUGUUAAAUUAAUAGCUAUGAACUAUAUACCAACUAUUUCAUUGGAAUGUUUCCCUGGACCAAUUUCCAAUUGUUCACCAGGAAAACUUUCUCCAAAUGUAACAAAUCUAUUUCUUUUAACAGUAACAAAUCCUCUUUGUCAGAAAAUAAAAGUUUUUUUGGCAACACCUCAACGGACAUCAGGAAAAUAUAGUCAUAGUGUCACUAUUUUAUGUCCAGAAUUUGAAGUAGGUACUAAUAAAGAUACAUCUGACAAUAACUCUACAAUUAAAUCUAUACCAAAAGAUACAACAAAAAUGCCAAUAUCAGGUGCUUUAUGGGACCGUGGGAGAAAUUGGACAACUGUCGUACUUGAGAUUAUUCCUUCAAAAAUUAUUUCAAAUAAUAUGAACUUUAAUGAUGAUUUAGUUGAAAUUUCAGUCUUUGUAAAGGUAGUUUAUGAUAUCAUUUUAGAUAAGGAGGAGUUCAAACAUGUAGAGACAAGUCUAAGUCAGGGAAUAGUCUCUAAAGAAAUAGGAUUCUGGGGAGUAAUUGGCCUAGGUAAAAUUUUAUAA